AACUGGAUGCUGAAUAUUAGGAGUGAACCGUCCAAUCAGCAGCACUGCUGACUCCGUCGUACGAUUAUCCCCAGCCUUCCGGUCACAGUGCGGUGUUGUCACUGUUCUCGGUACCGGAGCAGACAGUGUGUCUUAUGUUGAGGCUACACAGGGAGAUGUGUGCGGUAAAACGGAUUGCGCAUCGUUUUUUAGUGGAUGUUCGUGGUGACCUCUCCAUUUGCAUGUGUUUAUUCUUGAUCGACACGGAUGUCUCCAUGAGAACGACCUGCCAAUAGACCGCACUGCGGUGCGUGUUGGUUAUUUGUGAUCUCAACAUAUUUGCGAAUUUCGGUUUCUUUUGUUGGAUCAAACGUCGCCACAUGCAGCUUCAAAGCCUUUUUUUUUUUUUACGCCACAUGCUGCAGCGAUAGCCUGCAUGAUUUCGACCAUCAAUGUUAAACAAGAUGCUCCGGUCGGAGGACUUGUUCAUCACUCAGAUCAAUACAAUUUCUUAAAAUUGUAAAGGGCUUUGACAUCAAGAGUGUGUGUGGUGCUGGGAGGACUGGACCAUGGACUCUGAGUGCAGCCUGCCUGGUCAGCUGGCCAGCGUGGAGCGCAGCACAGUUUUCCUUCAGCAGGAACAUGUCUCCCUGCUCCAGGGUCUCCACCUGGAGGUCCUGGCCCUGCAGAAACGAUGCACAGAGCUGGCCUGUGAGCUGAGUAUGAAGUCUCCAGGUAAAAACCAAAUAGAAUUGCAGGAAGAAGUGGAGCUCCUCGAAGCCCGAUGUCGGGCGGCGGAGGUGGGCGUGGCCGAGAAGCAGUGCACCCUGGGAGAUCUGCGGCAGGAGGUGGGCCUCAAGGGGGCGGUGGUGGGCGCCCUGCGAGCCAACCUUAAAGAGAAGGAGAGACACUUCCUGGAGGAGCUGAAGAGGCGCAGCCACCGCUCCACCAUGCUGAACACGGAGCUGCAGAAGCAGACCGAGGCGGCGGCGUACCUCUCCUUCCAGCUGCACGCCGCACGCCAGAAGCUGCACCACCAGCGCAUGCAGGUGCACGGCCAGCGGCAGCAGAGCCUGGCCCGGGGUCAGGGGGCCCACAGCGGCGGCGGCGGCGGAGGCUUCGGAGGACACUCUCGCCCCAGCUCGCCGCAGUGUCCCACGCUGGUGUGCGCUACGUCCCCGGUGGUGAAGCCCAAGCGUAGGAGCGUAGCCAGGCCGUUCCCGGGGCAGGUCAGGUUGGAGCGGGCCAGAGAGUGCGUUCCCAGGGAGAUGAUCACAGGCCCGGCAGAACCCACGGCCAUGCCGGAUCCGGCCCUGUUCCUUCACCCCCGUCGGCAUAGGGUUCGCCCCAGGCGCUCCCCGGCUCAGAGACCGGGGAGGGCGGAGGUGGAGGAGGGCGGAGGAGAAGGGCUGGUUGAGCCCCACGAUGAGGAGCUCAGAAUGUCUGCGUCGCUAGCGCCCCCUGCUGCUCAGGCAAAGGCAGAACAGCAGCUGAUGUAACCAACGCUGUGAAAAUUUGAACGCAAACCAUUUCUGACAUUAUCAGCUUUUUUUCAGGCUGUUAACGCUAUUGUUAUUAUUCUGCAUCUUGACCGAGUUCCUUCACAGACCUGUGUCAUGGGUUAUUGAAAAUAUUAAACCUCCAUCGCCAUUAUGGGCCACUUUUCUAAUAGAAGUUAUUGAUAUUUGCUCAUACUAAACUAGAUUUGGUUGAAGUUAAUGAAUUAGUAAGGAAGUUGAUAGGAGUAUGUGUUAAACACCAGGUAUAACUUUGUAUGCCACUGGGCCUUAUUUUUGGUCAGCACUUUUUUAGUAGUGUUAUACAUGAUCUUAAAAGGCCAUUUGGGUAAAUGAAGCACCUUCUUCUGUGGCUCACAUGUGUCGUUUCAAGAGGCAGCACAUCUUAAAUCAAUACUCCAUACAAAACCAACUUUGGUAUAGCCACCGGCUUCUGGUCACAGCUGAGAAGAUUAAGUGUCUGCACCUCCGUGGCUGUCUUUGCUGUGAAACCUUUUUUAAAAUUUAGAUAUCUGGUCUUUGAAAUAAUGUUCUCAAUAAUUUUAUUUUUGCUUAUUGUGGUGCAAGUUGGGUGACUGGAUGGUUGGUAAUACAAGAAGGGUUUCCUUGUAGGAUAUCAUCUCUGACUGUGAAUUGAGGUGGAACAAAUACAAGACUAAGUUAUGAUUUACAGUCAAUGAUCCAAAAUGUUAAUCAGUCUUCCACUGGUGAUACUAUAUACAGUGUAGGUAUAUACUGUGGUGUUUUUUUACUCUCUUUCCCCACAUGUCCAAUUAUAAACCUGAGUGAAGGCUAGAUACACCUGUGGUAUUAACUCUACAAACCUUGUUUCUUCUAGAGGCAGUGCCCUAGAAGUAACCUUCAUAUUGGAGUAGCGGCUGCGAUACUGUAGUGGAUCCAUUGGGUCUCACUUCUUUGACCAGAGAUGAUGCACAACAUCUACCAGGGACUGUAUUUGUUGCAAUCUUUUAUCUCAGGAAUAAUGGAUCAUGACAAAUGUACUUUUUAGGAUCUUCAUUUCAAAAGGGUGAUUUGAGUUAGAACAUGCUGUUAUGGUCGUUCUUACACGUAGUAGUCCGGCUAGUAAAAAGUCAGACUAAUGUAAACAGUCAGAUACGAUUCAUGAAAAGUUUUGCCAAUUUGAUUGAAUGAAAUAUUGAAACAACAAAUAUGUUUCCAUGAUUAGGGUAGAAGAAAGUUCUAUUGUAUUUAUUAUUUUUUGUUUAUUUGAAUCGGUGCACAAGAUGAAUUGACCUCGGGAAGCCAGCCUACCUAUGGCACACAGACUAUGUGACUCUGGUCUGGCUUUUUGAGGCUACAACAUGAUCAAAUCGCUGUCUAUGUUUUCAUACCAAUGUAGAAUUAUACCAUUAUAUCAUUUAUGAUUAUUGAGAAGGAGUAUACUGUGCUAGGUCGUCUUGCUUGAGACCUUUCCAAUAUCUUUGGUCAAAAAAGUGAACCAUGGUGAACCAAGUUAGUGACACUUGUGCGAAGACAACUAAAAUGUAGUAAAAUCCUGAUUAUGAUUGAGCCAAAAUUUAAAUACAUAUACCAAGAGAUAUCAUCUGUAACCUAAGACCUGAGCAAACUUAUUAAGGCACAUUUUAACUGUUGGAAGCUUAUAAGAUUGCUCUUUUAAGUAUCUGAGACUUCAUCCAUGAUAUAUUUUUGUCCUUCAGAAAUGUCAUCUUAUAUUGUGUAUUUAGAUAUUACCAAUAGGUUAAUAUUAUUAAGCAGCCAGGUUUUAUGGACAUUUUAAGGUGAAAAGUGUUUGAAUUAUAUUUAUAUUCUCAAAUUAGUUAACUGUUAUUUUUCUGUACUUUCCUCAUUUGCCUGGAAUUAUUAACUUGACUAGAAUACCCUGUUACCAUUUCUGCCCAUUUAUCAGAGACAUAUGAAAAGGUGAAGUCUAGUAUGCUGCGUUAAGAGAAGCCAAAAGCUUAUUGAUAUGCUGAAGGCACCGAACGGAACAUUUCUGGUCUUCUGCAUCUAGUUCACAAGUGAAUGUGUUGUUUUGAAGAUUCACUUUGACUGAAAAGCCAUUUUGCAUGAAUGUGCACUAUUUCUCCUCAAGAUUUGGAGAACAAUAACAAGAAUACAAAGCUCUUUUCAUUGUUUCCCAUAGUUCAUUCAGCUUUCCCUAAAAGAGGUGUUUAGAACCGACUGUUGAACUACAAAAAAUGUAGUACACCACGAGCCAAAUAAAGGCAAUCAGUUGACCAUGUGCAUCCUCCCACCUUUUUAUAAAACAGUAAUAGCAUUAUAUCUCAUUCAUAUCAGCACCAUUCAUCUUGAACAACAAUCAGAACAUCAUGAUCGUUUAACAGGCUUGCAUUAUGUGCGUAUUGACUCAGACUCUUGGCCUGUACGUUGAGCCAAAGAGGUUGACCAGAAGUAAGAAGUGUGAUCACGGCAGAAUGAUUUGAUGCCUUAAUAAAGAUGUCUUAUUUUUCCUGUUUGCAAUAGAGAACGUACUUUUGAUUUCAUAUUUGAAUGUCAGAGCAUAGUAGGCUACUAUAUCGGACAUCAGAAGAGCAGUGCAGGGGGGGGAUUAGUUAUUGAUGUUCAGCAGGAUUGUCUUCCAUCUUAAGCUGCUUAUCCCAAAAGUGAUUUAAGCAUUAUCAUUUGUUGUAGAAUCAAUUUAUAACAUUGUUUGUCAGUAGAAGCCUGUCUCUAUAAUCCUUUCCUGGAUGAGACCACUACAUAUUGUUAAUCAAUUUCCUUUUCUUUUUGGAACUAUAAAGUGUUUUAUUUACUGUGUUAUUUUGGUCCAAGCAAUAGUGCUAUGUCGCACCUUCUGGUUUUUGGUAUAUGUUUGCACACAAUGUAAUUCUAGAUUGUUAUAUGUUUUGUAAUUAUUUUGGUUGAGUAUUUUAUUGACCUUGAUUACCGCUUAUACUGUGUUAACCUCCUAUAGCGAACUAUACUGUACACAUAAUUUGAAUAAAACUGAAUUGUAGAGA